AACGGCCUUAUUAGCUUAUAAAACCGCUGAGGCCGCCGGUUCCGGAUUUUUCUGGUCCGACCGGUGGUCCGGCCUGUUUUUUAAACUAUGAUCCUUAUCCGGUUUUCUUUUUCCUUUCUAUUUUUGAGCAAGCUGAUACGGUAAUUCGUGGCACUCCUCCCGCGGUGGCCCAAAGGCUAGAGCCAUUUCUGGGCUUCAGCCCAUCCUGGCCUGUUUCAGCAGAGCGGGCGCGAGCUCGCUCGGUUGCUCUCGGCGUUUCCUUCCUUCCCCUCCUCCACGCCCCAAACCGAGCCGAGCCGUCCACAGUUACUUCCCGCCACCGCCACCGCCACCUCCUCGCUCCGCCCUUCAUCCUCCUCUUCCUCCUGGCCGGCAAGCAACCAGCUCCCCCAUCCCCGAGGUUUGCACCACGCACAAGUCACCCGCGGCCAGCACGGCCUCCCUUGCACACCACCAACCAAACCAAACCAAACUGGCGAACGAUCGCCGCAGAAUCGCUUUCUUCUCCCCGCAAAGCCAUCCUUUAACUCCCGCCCGUGUCACGACCUCUCGCAUGACCUUCCUUUAAAACCAUGCAACCCUCCCGGCCGCUCCAUGCAUUCCGACGACGCGAUCCGUCUGUCGACUUCCCAAGACUUCGCCAGCACUCCACCUAGCGGGACGAUCAAACCACCGGCCGUGUACGCGACGAUGAUGCCCGUGUACGGCGGCGGCGGCCAGGUGCGGCAGCGGACGUGCCGCAUGUACUGGUGCUACCAGUGCGCGCGGGCACUCCGCAUCAUCUCCUACCCGGCCACCGACGUCUUCUGCCCGCGCUGCUACGGCCGCUUCCUCCACGAGAUCGACCCGCCGCCGCGCCCGGCACUCCCGCCUCCGGGCUACUUCCCGCACCACUUCGCGCCGCACCCGCACGCGCACCCGCACUACCACGACGGGAACCCGCGCCGGUGGGUCGUGUAUGGCGCCGCGCCCUCGGUGCCCGGACGCCCGUUCCGGCAGCUGCCUCCGCCGGUGCGGGAGCCGACGCUGGUCCACGCGCCGGCUCCGGCGCCCCCACCUCGCCGGCGGGUGCCCUCCCCGCCUCCGGCUCCGGUGGCGCGGCGGCCGUCCACGCCGCCGGCCAUCGACCCGGGGGACUACUUCACGGGGGGCGACCUCAACCGGCUCGUGGAGGAGCUGACCCAGAACGACCGCCCUGGCCCCGCCCCGGCGCCCACGUCGGCCAUCGACUCGCUCCCGACGGUGCGGAUCGCCACGCAGCACCUGUCGGACGACGGCGGGUCGCAGUGCCCCGUGUGCAAGGAGGAGUUCGAGCUCGGGGAGGCGGCGCGGCAGCUGCCGUGCAAGCACGUGUACCACUCGGACUGCAUCGUGCCAUGGCUCUGCCUCCACAACUCGUGCCCCGUCUGCCGCUUCAAGCUGCCCGGCACCGCCGCCGCCUCCAGCACACGCCGCGCCAGCGGCAGCAACGGUGCAAGAAACAGAGACAGGGAGAGGGAGCCGGCGACGACGGUGAGGUGGGGGCCCUUGUCGUGGAUGGCGCCGGCGCGCGGGACGGAGGACCCGGACGACGGGUGGGAGUACGGCCGGCGCGCGCACGGGCACGGCAGGCCCGAGGAUGGCGACGCCGGCGCUUUCUACGCGUGGUGGCGCUCUCUGUUUCUUCUCUAGCCGUCUCCAGCUGGGAUGCCAGUCAGUACGCCAAAGACAACCUGAACGUGUUUGCUCAGUUAAGUCAUCUGAUCAAUGCCGUGCUUGCAAAUCAUCAGAAAACUGCCCCUGCAAACACACGCUUACUGACUCAACAUUUCGCUGGUUGUUGUUAAUGGUAGGUAAAGCAGGACGGGCCCUGUAAAUAUUCAGCGAGUUCAACGGCAAUGGUGGAUGUACUGGAGAAGCAGAGCACACUGGAAAUUAAAUAGGAGAAUGUAAUCGUGCAAACAACGGCCAAAAUGUAAUCGUCCCACUCAAAAUGUAAACGAUACAGAGUAUGAUUUUCAUUUUUUAGAUUUAUCUAGCGGCUGAAGCAAUAUGCGCAGGUAAUCUCGAAGCAAAACGUGAAAGCAAUCACAAUGGCUUAAGGUGAUACAUUCAAUCGAAUCAUUCAACAUAAUAAGUACUAUAUGGUAUGAUUUGAUUUUACACCAAGGGGCAUACAAAAAUUGACUGAAUCAACUCACAGUCUUCUAUAUCGAAUUAACCCACUAUUUCCGAGAGGGCAUCCCACCUAAA